CGAUCGAUCUCUUUCUUCUCAGCAUCUUUCUCGAGCAUUAGCAAGCAGAAGCGCUUUCAUUCAACCUUUUGUUUGUUUUUUUGCCCUUUUCGGCCAGUAUCUGAAAAGUUACCCAGGAAGUUAGUUUCCACCAUUAAAAUCUGUAGACGAUGAAAGAUGAUUUUGACGAAGACUACAGUCUGAAGCUGUAUAUAUAGUGUCAGUUCAAUUUUUUUAUGUAUGCUCAGGAAAGGACACUUUUUGAUCUUAAUGAAACUCCGAAGGAAGAGGCAAAUGAGGAUGACAGUCCUAUUAUUUAUCAGCCCCAGAAAUCUCUUAUACUUGCCAAUUUCACUGGUUCGAAUCUAUUUUCAUCAUCUGAAGGAUGUCAUAGGAUCCUGACUAAACAUGCUUUUCCACAUGCACCAAAUGCUUCUGUUUUUCAACCUUCUGUAAGAAAAAAAAAGUCAAUGAAACUUAAAGAAGAAAAAUCAGAAAGUGUGCAAAAUAUAGCCCAAGCCUCGGUAUCUAUGGCCACAAAUUUUGAAGUUGCUAAUAAAAUUAGAAUGCCUAGGCUUUCAGGUGGUCAGGGUGGCCAUGUAACAGAAAGAGAAGGGGAGUGGUCUGAUAUGGAUGGAAACAUAGAUGGUAUUGCAAGAAUUUCAAGCAAUAAGCAGGAGAUACUCAAUGGGGAAAUUGCAGAAAAGCAGAUUGUUAAUGAAGUAAAUGAGCCUUGUGCUGUUAAAACUGAUGAGAACAGCGACAACAAUUCUAGUUUUCUUGGAAUUACCACUGACAAAACUGGUGAAGCAAUAAAAGACCUGAAAGUUGAUGGUCCUGUCUCUGAUAACCAUGGAAGUUUGGAUUGCAGCUCUAGGGUAGAUGUGCUGUCUGAUGGAUUGGAGGAAUCUUCAGAUGGAAAACCAAAAAAGGUUAGAGGAGUUGAAGCUAGUCAUGCUCUGAGAUUUGCAAAUAAUCUUAUUAAGAGGCCUAAAGUUGAUGAGCACAAGGAGGCAAUGUUAGGGAAGAAAAGGGCUAGACAAACUGUCUUUAUUAACGUGGAGGAUGCUAGACAGGCUAGUUCUAUGAAAACUACGCCUAGGAGGCAAACAUCUUUUUCAGCACCAAUUGUUACCCAUAUUAUUAGGGAUACCACCGAUGCUCAUACUCCUGUUAUUGACCAGGGCACUGAAUUGCCUAAUACUAAAGACCAAAAGCAAGCAUAUAUCAUGGGCAAUGAAGGCAGUUCAACUAUAGAAUUAACUGACAUGAAAAGUGAACCAAAUGGGGAUGUAAUUCCAAGAGGUCUUACUCGCCCUAAGAAGCUGAACCACGAGUGCUUUUCGGAAACAUAUCCACAAGUUCCUAGUCAGGGUUCUUGGAAGCAAUCUCCAGACCACAGACAAUUUAAAAGCUCCCUUCUUCCAUCUCAGAAGCUUCCUGUUGCACAAAACAACACAGAUCAAAAGUCGGACACCAAAAAAAUUCCUUCUUUGAAGAGGCAGAUUUCAAGCAACCCUCAAUACCAAGAUACAUCUGUUGAACGGUUUCUCAGGGAGGUUACAAGUGAGAAAUUUUGGCAUAAUCCAGAAGAGAUGGAGUUACAGCGUGUGCCUGGUCAUUUCGAGUCUGUUGAAGAGUAUGUGAGAGUAUUUGAGCCUUUGCUUUUUGAGGAAUGUCGAGCACAACUGUACAGUACCUAUGAGGAGCUUCAGGAAAAUGUAACAAGGGAUGCACAUAUAAUGGUUCGUGUAAAGAAUGUUGAGAAACGGGAAAGAGGGUGGUAUGAUGUUAUUGUUCUUCCUGUUCAUGACUUCAAAUGGACUUUUAAGGAAGGUGAUGUAGCAGUUUUGACAUACCCAAGUCCUGGUGCAGGGAGAUCUGGUAGGAGAAAUAAUUUUGGUGCUAAUGAAGAUGGUAAGCAUGAGUCAGCUGGGCGCGUUGUUGGUACGGUGAGGCGGCAUUUUCCUAUUGACCCACGUGACCAGACUGGAGCCAUUAUUCAUUUUUAUGUUGGGGACUUGUAUGAUUCUAGUAGCAAGUUUGAUGAUUAUAUCCUUAGGAAACUGGAACCCAAGACCACUUGGUAUCUAACCACUCUUGGAGCCCUUGCUACUGCUCAGCGGGAAUACAUAGCUCUUCAUGCUUUUCGUCGUCUUAACAUUCAGAUGCAAACAGCAAUAUUGAAACCUAGUCCAGAACAUUUUCCCAAAUACGAAGAGGGGGCACCUGCUAUGCCCGGCUGUUUUACUCAAAAUUUUGUGGAUCAUUUGCAUAGAACUUUUAAUCCUCCACAGUUGGCAGCAAUUCAGUGGGCUGCUAUGCACACUGCUGCAGGUACAAAUAACAGAGGUACUAAGAGACAAGAUCCUUGGCCUUUUACACUUGUUCAAGGUCCACCGGGAACUGGGAAAACACACACAGUCUGGGGAAUGCUUAAUGUGAUUCAUUUAGUCCAAUAUCAACACUACUACACUGCACUUCUCAAGAAGCUUGCACCAGAAAGUUAUAAGCAAACAACUGAGAGCAAUUUGGUUAAUGUCAGUAGCGGAUCAAUAGAUGAAGUCUUGCAGAAUAUGGAUCAAAGUCUCCUAAGAACUCUGCCAAAACUUUGUCCUAAACCAAGAAUGCUAGUCUGUGCUCCUUCAAAUGCUGCAACAGAUGAGUUGUUAGCACGUGUUCUUGAUCGCGGUUUCAUUGACGGGGAGAUGAAGGUUUAUCGUCCCGACGUAGCUCGGGUUGGAGUUGAUUCACAAACCCGUGCUGCCCAGGCAGUCUCUGUCGAGCGAAGAACUGAACAACUUAUGCAGAAGGGCCAUGAAGAAGUAAUUAAAUGGUUGCAUGAUUUGAAAGGUCGUGAAGCUGAACUGGCACAUCAAAUAUCUCGUUUGCAGAGAGAACUCAGUGUUGCAGCAGCUGCUGGUAGGUCACAAGGAUCUGUAGGUGUUGAUCCUGAUGUUCUUGCUGCUAGGGACCAAAACCGUGAUAUGCUACUACAGUAUCUAGCUGCAGCUCUAGAGAACAGGGACAAAGUUCAAGUUGAGAUGUCGCGCUUUCUUAUUUUGGAAAGCAAGUUUCGUGCCAGAACUAGCUUUAAUAUGGAAGAUGCUCGAGCCAGCCUUGAAGCAAGUUUUACCAAUGAAGCUGAAAUUGUCUUUACAACUGUGUCAAGCAGUGGCCGCAAGAUAUUUUCUCGUCUUACUCAUGGAUUUGAUAUGGUGGUCAUCGAUGAGGCUGCUCAAGCCAGUGAAGUUGCAGUCCUUCCACCACUGUCACUUGGUUCUGCAAGAUGUGUUUUGGUAGGUGAUCCACAGCAACUUCCUGCAACUGUUAUAAGUAAAGCUGUUGGGACUUUGCUUUAUAGCAGAAGUCUUUUUGAGAGGUUUCAACAAACAGGAUGCCCGACACUGUUAUUAUCCGUACAGUAUAGAAUGCACCCUCAAAUCCGUGAUUUUCCAUCAAGAUAUUUCUAUCAAGGACGUCUGACUGACAGCGAGAGCAUUGCCAACUUAGAUGUUGAGGCUUACUACAGAGAUCCUCUGUUACACCCCUAUGCCUUUUACGAUAUUACACAUGGGAGGGAGUCCCAUAGGGGAGGAUCUGUCUCUUACCAGAAUGUUCAUGAAGCCCAAUUUUCUUUGAGGUUGUACAAACAUCUACAAAACUUUGUCAAAUCAAAUGGUGGGAAAAAAAUAUCCAUUGGCAUAAUUACGCCUUAUAAACUUCAGUUGAAGUGCCUACAACGAGAAUUUCAGGAGGUUCUUGGCACUGAAGAAGGCAAGGACAUUUAUAUAAACACAGUUGAUGCGUUUCAGGGUCAAGAGCGUGAUGUAAUUAUAAUGUCAUGUGUCCGUGCAUCAAACCAUGGAGUGGGAUUUGUUGCCGAUAUUCGGCGCAUGAACGUUGCACUUACGCGAGCUAGGAGGGCAUUAUGGGUGGUCGGCAAUGCAAAUGCUCUCGUGCAAUCUGAAGACUGGGCUGCUUUGAUAGCUGAUGCUAAAUCAAGAAAGUGUUUUAUUGACAUGGAAUGUAUCCCAAAGGAAUUCUUGCUGAUAAAAGGAUCCACUGCCUCUCCUGCAAAAGUGGUCUUGAAUAGCACUAGGAGUUCAAAAAGUUGCAGCCAAAGGCAACAUCGGUUGGAUAUGCCUUCAGAACCCAAGUCUGGAACGCAGUCUGAAAAUGAAAAUAAAUCCGACUACUUUCCAUCGAGGAACGGGGCCUUUAGAAAUAUAGAUGUCAUGGAUUCUCAAUAUGGCAGUACCAAGUGGCAGAAUCCUUCUGGGGUUUCUAGAAGAGAGAGAUAAUCUGCUGUCAACACCUAUUGGCAUUUCUUUCUUUGUGCAGAUAAUUCUGAGAGGCCAAGACGCCUUUCAAUUUUUCUCACAAAAAUCUCUAUUGGUGAUGAGAUGCUUGACCAUUUGGGCCAGUAAGCAUGUGAUUGAAGAGAGCGGAUCCUUUGGACCGCAUUUUACGGUCUAGAGGAUGGACCACUCCAUUCAUUGGUCCUUUUGAAUGGACCCCACCUGUUUAAUAGAUAGGGUCCAUUCAAAUAGACCAAUAAAUAGAGUGGUUCAUCCUCUAGUCUACAUUUUGAACGUUGGCACGACAUAGUUGGAGGCCUAGGGAGAACAGCAGCAGGCCUGCCUCCUUGCUUUUAUGCCAGGGCGGAAAAAAGCAGCAUGCUGCAGAGGCAUGGGAGAACAAGCAUCCCAUUAAUAGAGGCAAGUCUGGAUUCCACGGAUUACACGAGUAACCGUGGGGAGUGCACGACCAUUUCAGUUCCAUUGUCGCGGUGCGGGGCUAUGCGCGUCUCAUUGGAAUCAGUAUUUACAGCAGAGAAGCAAGCAUGGUGCCGUUAUUUAUAAGUGCUUGUGUUUUCUGUGUAAUUCGUAGAGGGAGCAUGAUAUCUAAAGGGCUAACCAGACAGUUGUAGCAUGGCUGUUUCUUCAGUACCCUUUUUUCUUACAGUUUGCAUCGAGUUGAAAAUAUUAUCGAUUUGUUAAUGGCAUUUAUCAAUUGUUUA